GCGGCGCGCGAGCUCAUUCAUGCUACAGUAUAUCAAUAUGCUGCGAGAAGCGAGGCUGCGGGUUGGCACUAAUGUACGCUCUAUCACAUACACACCCUCCCUCUCGCCUUAAAACAAGCGAAUGAUACGAUCUACGCUUAGGAGACCAGCAGGAGACAAAAGAUGGGACGUUCUGCUGAACAUUAAACCGGACUGUCUGUUCCAGCGCCUUACUCGCGCGAUGGGCUACCACGACAUUCGGGGAGUAGCCUUUCUCUUUUUCUAAUUGGCGGCUAGAUUGUUGCAGGUGGUAUUCUCUGCAGUUGGGAGCGGUGUGGGUUGGGAGUGAAUCAAACUUUUAGUGGUAAUAUAUUGUGAGGCAGAAGUCAGAUAAAGGGUAAAAGGGCACGAAGGAAAACUUGAAUGAAAAUGCCGGCAACAUACAGCUCGAUUUCGCUCAACAAAACCAGUGUUUUUACGGAGAGCUACGAAAGAAUGGAUUCCUCUGAAGCAAAAGGGCAAAUUAACUUGAUUCUUUUUUGCCUGUGUCUUGCCAUUGCCACUGUUACUUUAGUAGGAGGCAUUUAUUCGCUCCUGUCAUUGUUAAAGAUGCGGAGUAAGACCUCUCUGUCUCUCAUCGUGGCUUCAAUGUCCAUAGACGACCUUAUUAGCGUGAUACCGCUAUCCUUGUUCUUGCUUGUGCAGUGGGAUAGAGACGACGCGGACAGGUCGAGCACACGGUGCACUUUGUCUGGACUUCUUUACAUUUUUCAGGGGGUAUCGAGCAAUUUGAAAGCUUCCUUGAUUGUAGCCUACACCUUUUACAUCACCAAACGAUUCGGAGCAUUCCAGUCCGCCCGGCGGCCGCUGAGGGUGAUGUGGGCUAUAGCCGCGGUAUGGAUAGUUGCCUUGGCCGUCAGCAUCCUGCCCGUGUGCGGGUGGGGAUCUUUUUCUCCAACGUCUUUAGGUUGCUUCGCAGAGAGCACGAGUUCUUACGUUUUGCUCCUUUUUGUUUUAUACUUGUUGUGCUUCUGUGGCUUGGUCGUCUUCUCAGUUCCUCUCACGUAUCGCCUGCUUUGUUUCGGGGACCCUCAGAAGACUUUUUACCCCAACUAUUUUGACAUCGCGGGGGGAACUCAUGCGGAUGGAUCAGCCCCUCUGUGUGAAAUGCCAUCUUUUUCUCGGGAUAGCCUAGAGAAAAGUUUUGGGACUUACAGCGAAAUUAAUUCGGAUCCCUCUGGCUUGAAUAACAAAGUGGAGAUAUACACUUGCUCGACUCCGGCUAUUCAUAAUCGUCAGGCUGAUACUCCCCAAAGCUACAGGAACUCACCGGUGUUUUUCGCACAGAAGCGUUUCUCAUUGAUCGUGGCCAUGGUCCGAGUCGUUCUGUGGAUGCCAAUGAUGAUACAGAUCUUUCUGAGUCACACCGUCCACAUGAGGAGCUCGUCCCUCGAGACCCUGUGCUUUUUCCUGACCUCGCUCUCUGCUGCGGUCACGCCGGUAUUCCUGCUGUCCGAACAUUUCAUUCACCUCCCGUGCGGCUGCUUCAUCAAUUGCCGCCGCGAGCCCUCCACGGCGAAAAAAAGAGGUUUUGAAUUCAAUCUGUCCUUCCAGCAAGGGUAUGGAUUUUACAAAAUUUCUCAGGGGAAGACUCCCGCUGUCGAGAAACCGCCUUACCACAAUCUUUUCAACUGCGAUUCCACGGAGAGCAAAGAGGGCGGUCAGGUCCCGAGCCUUGCCAAUCUUGAGUUCAGGACCACGGCCUCCGAGGACAGCUCCCUGCACAGGGAUCUCCUCGGAGCUAUCACAUGCGAGGCACGGGCAGACAGCCUUGCUAACAGCCACGACGAACAGGGCGUCUUCUGCAGCGGUUCGCCCCCCGUGUCCGCCCGGGAGGACCAUAAUCUAGAUACCUCUUCGGUAUUUGAGGGCCCAGAGCGAAGACUGUCCCACGAGGAGUGCCGCAACAUCGAGCUCACUGACUGGGAGUGGUGUCGGAGUAAAUCGGAAAGGACUCCACGACAGCGGUCCAGUGGAGGUUUGGCAAUCCCACUGUGCGCGUUCCAGGGCACUGUGUCUCUCCACGCCCCCACAGGGAAGACUCUGUCCCUUUCCACAUAUGAGGUGAGCAGCGAUGGCCUGAAGAUAUCCCCAAAUGGCAAGAAAGUGGAGGUGUACCGCUCCAAGUCAGUGGGGCAUGAACCGAGAGCGGAAGAGCCACCCAGCGCUGUGGGCGGUGACACCAAUGUGAAGAUUCACCUGGAGGUGCUGGAGAUCUGUGACAACGAGGAGGCCAUGGACAGCGUCUCCAUCAUUUCCAACAUCAGCCAGUCCUCUACGCACGCUCGCUCGCCCUCGCUGCGCUACUCCCGGCGGGAGAAUCGCUUCGUGUCCUGCGACCUGGGGGAAACGGCCUCCUACUCACUCCUCAUCCCCACCAGCAACCCUGACUCUGACAUCAACAUACAUAUCCCAGACACUGUGGAGGCCCACCGCCAGAACAGCAGGCGGCAGCACCAGGAGAGGUCGGGCUACCGGGAGGAGAUCCAGCUGCUGAAUGAGGCCUAUAGGAAGCAGGAAGGAGACCCAGACAACUGUGGGUCAGAGGGGGAGCACCAGACACCAGGAGAGCUGAGGGUUAGAGGGAGAGCAUCAGACAUCAGGAGAACUGAGAGUCAGCUGGAGAGCACCAGACACCAGGAGAACUGAGGGUCCGCAGGAGAGCAUCAGACACCAGAAGAGCUGGGGGUCAGCGGGAGAGCAGCAGACACCAGGAGAGCUGAGGGUCCGCAGGAGAGCUCCAGACACCAGGAGAGCUGAGGAUCAGAGGGAGAGCAGCAGACAUCAGGAAAACUGAGGGCACCAGGACUGAAGUGCAGUCCAGAUUACUACAGUCCAGAGCAUUGGAGAUACUGGACAGCCCCCCAUC